AUGAACAAUCUGGUACCUUCUGUGUCGAAAAUUGGGAACGACGUGCUUCAUACCGAAACUGAACCUACUUUCAACGGCUGGGAUAUUCCGGACGAAGUGGCACUUGAAUUGAUCGAUAUUUUCUUCUCGAAAAUUCAACCAAUACUACCCAUUAUGCAUCGACCACUUUUCUAUGAUAGAUUCACCCAACUUGAGGAACAAACUCGGAGACUUGUAAGUAGGAGGGAGAGCAGCCAGGAUGCUGCAUUCAUGAUAGAAGGGAUCUUUGCACUUACAGCAAGGUUUUCGAAAGCCGCAAUUUUCCACAACUCCCUAGUACUUGAUCGAGGUCAAGUUUUUGCAAACAAAGCAGCAGCUAUCAAGGACGACAUCAUUAAAACGAUUGAAGAACCCACACUAGAUUUUGUCAAGGGUUGCACUAUACUCGCGUUCUAUUACGUUGUCUCGGGAAGGCUAACAGCCGGAUCAUUACUUACUAGUGUUUGCGUACGCUUUGCGUACGACCUUGGGCUAGAUAAAGUCGAUGAAGACCAAUCGCUUGAUGACAGGACGUAUGGAGGAGAAGAAGCUGGCUAUUCAGAUGCUUGGCUUCGCAGAGAAGAGCUUCGAAGACUCUGGUGGAGUAUCUGGGACCUUGACACCUUUGUGGCCACUCUUUCUCGUCAACCCUACGCGAUCGAGAGAGGAGGGAUGAAAGUCCUUCUGCCGGUUUCCGACCAACAAUGGUUCUCUGGAGUUCCAAUAAGAUCAUCUCUCCUCGAAGGCGAACCACUUAACCUGUGGCGAAGCCUUCAGGGGUCACCAAACCGGAAUCCUCGGGCUUGGUAUCUAGUAAGCAACUAUCUCAUGUCUUGUAUUGCCGUGGCUGGUCGCAAGCAGCCCCGAAUCUCAGCUGUCAAAAAAUUAGAAUUGGAGAGCGCACUUUGCUGCCUCAAACUGGCCUUGCCUGCGAGUUUCCAGCUUCGAUCUCUUUAUCUGGACGAUCAGACCUCUGUCGAUGGCAAUUGGAUAAUCUCCACACAUUUGAUGAUCAUCGCGUAA